CUGGCUCAAAACAGCCCCAACCUGUUUUCAUGGCCCUUGUGGAUUUACUUGCUGGAAACCUAGCUCCGAGGUAGCCUUGGCACUUCCCUCCUGUGAGCCAGGAAUCCACAGGCCCUGGGUUGUUUACAGCACAGCUCCUGGGUAACUCAUUGACCUCAGCAUUCAGCCGCACUGCUGGGAAACAGAGGUCCCCUGGAAGAUAAGCUGCUCUCACAAGAAAUUCUUUUCCUUGAGCGAGGGAGUGGCUGUGUUGUGCCUGCGUGCCUGGCUCCUAAGCACAAACACGCUCUCCCUGACUUGCGUAGGCUGGAUGUGCAGCUCUCCUCAGGCACAAGGGUGCCCACAAAGUCUCCCUGGGGCACUUCUGCACGGACCUGACCUACAGAGCCACCUAGAGAGAAUGCUGCGGAGUAGAGUGAACUUGUGCCGAUGAGUAAUCAGGUGAAGAGCCGGAUUCCUGUUCUCCCACUCCAGCUGGCCUUCUGGCCUCUUGGUCCAAUCUGCAGAACUACACAGCUGCGCCUCCAGAAAAAUGUGGAGACCCGGUGGAGACCAUGGCAUCAGGUAACUCCAGGCUGCUGGAUCCAGGAGAUCAGUCUGUACAGUUAGCAGAGGGGGCUCUGGAGACCGAAUCUGUAUCAUUGGCUGUAGGGGAGAGAUUUCCAACUGAGAUUGCACUCGUGUUCUCGGUUGAGAGUCGCGCAUCUCAGUGUGUCAACUCCCAGCUGCAGGAGGCAUCAAGGAAGAAGCUGUGGGCCCUGGAAAAUGACAACAAGGAUGUCUGCGAUCUUUUCAAGGAGCUGUCAGCCAGGCUGGUCUGCAUCCAGACCCAGAAGGAUCGGUUCCUCCUUACUUUCAAGACUAUAGAAGAAAUCUGGAAGUUUUCCACAUAUUUGGCUUUAGGCUACGUGGCGUGCUGUUUGGAGCAUUUUCUCUUCGACCACGGGUACUGGCUGAACUGUUCUCUGGUGGAGGACACUGAGAUCCGAGUUACUGUAGAUGAAGAUCACUUGGCCACCAUGUACCUGGGUCUGCUAAUUCAGGAAGGUAACUUCUUUUCCAGAGCAGUGCUCAAUGUGCUUGAGCCCCUGGAGGGGGGUGAGGAAAGCUUGAGGCUCCACAAGAACGAGGUAGUCCAUGUGAAGGACAUCGGGGAAGAAUCCAAAUGGGAAGGGAUGUCCUUAUCGACAGGUCAGCGAGGCCUGGUGGCCGUGGCAGCCGUAGAGCCACUACCCCACCCGUUUUAUCAGUGGUUUCUGAAGAAUAAUCCAAUGAGCUGCGGUGUCUCCCAGGAGAUCAACGGGUCAACCUCUCAGCCAAUUGGCAAGGGGAGGUGCACAGCCACUGAAGAUCACAGAGGGAAAGGAUGGGAUGAACUGAGUUUCUCCAAGGGAGACAGCAUAGAGAUUGUUGGUUUUCUUAUACCAGGACUGCAGUGGUUUGUGGGGAAAUCCACAAGCAGUGGGACCAUUGGCUUUGUCCAGAGCAAACACAUAGCAGCAGAGACUCGUGAACCUUUGGGAAAGUGUUCAGUGUUUCUCAGUGAAGAUGAGAAAUCCUCCCUUCUCCUCCCAUGCAACAGCAGCGAGCAGCACUACACCAGCCUCCUUGGGGACCUGGCCCGCACAGACAUCACCUCUGUGUACAGACUUGCUGGUUUCGAACCUACAGCCAUGUUCCCAGGAGGGCCCUCUGAGGCUGCUCUUCAAGGGUGUAAGGAUAUCCAGCUGCUCAGGACGUGGGAGGAAGGUGCUGCAAAUGGCCUGUCCACCCCUAGUGACUCAGAGCAGUCUAGUCCAGAGGGCGAAACACCCCUCACUGCCCUGGAAGAAUUUCUUCGGCAGGAGUCAGAUGACCUUGAUGACCCCAAGUUCUUUAUUGACCUGAAUGCUGGCAACAUGGAAGAUGCUAGAGUCUUUGAUCCCAUACUGACCUUCCUUAACCAAGGGUGCUAUGUGGCCCAUUUCCAAAGCCUCUAUGACCUCUCAUUUUCCUUCCUCCAGUCCACUUUCUACAGCUUCCCCGAUGAAGACAAACUGGUCUUGUUCCUUGAGACUUCCAGAAACUGGGCCAAGAGGACUCACUUAUGCUGGGCUCACAUCAGGCUCUGUUUCCUGCUGGGUAGACUGUGCAUCAGAAGGGUCAAGUUCUCGCAGGCCCGUGUCUAUUUGGAAGAAGCCAUGAGCAUCAUGGACAAGGGGUUUGAUGACCUGCCCCUCCUGGUUGCACUGCAUGUGAACCUUGCUGCCAUCUACCUGAAACAGAAGAUGAGGCACAAGUUCUCCUCCAUGCUGGGGAAAGCUGUGGCCCUGCUAGUCUGCUUGCCUGGACACUGCUUCAGCUCUGAGAAUGAGAUGGAGCUCGUGAAGUACCUCCUGAGGGAAGCCAUCGCCGUGGGCAAUGCUCCCUUGGAGGCCCGGGCCUGCUUUCUUGUUGUCAAGCUCUUCCUGCAAUUGGGCAAGCAUGAUGAGGUCCUGCCCUUUGUGGAGCACCUUCAGUUCCUCGCUACCUGCUUCUCCAGCCAGGACUCGAGUGCCACAUCCUUGGACACCACUCCAAUCCUGAGCUAUCUCUAUGAUAAGAAGUACUUGCCACACAUGGCGUUGGCUUCCAUCAGGAUAUCUGCUCUCAGUGACAUAAAGGGGACACCAUCGCCGAUAUGGAGAGCUGGUUUAGUCCUCCAAAAUACCUCCAAGCUCCUGGGAAGCCAGCUGAGUAGGAGCAGCAUCCCAGCUAUCGCUUGCCUGUACCUCCGGCAUGCAUUGGUCUUCUCCCAUGAGAGUGGAGCGGUGCCCAUCCAGAGGGCAUUGUGUGCUGUCCUGUCCAAAAUGUACCUCCAGCAUGGCAAGUUAGAUGGAGCACUUUAUUACUCGGCCAGAGCCGUAGCCCUUGGCAGGCUGAUGAGUGAGGAGGAGGCCUUCGAAUCUUCCCUCUCCUUGGGGUGGAUGUAUGUUCUGGCUAGCCAGCCAGCUAAGGCUAAGGAGAUCAUGUUGCAGCUCCUGCAUUCUCUGCGUGAGACAGACAGUGUUACUCAAGAUGGGGCAGUUCACAACCUCCUGGCUAUUGCCCUCAAAGAAGAAGGACAGGUGAAGGAGGCAGCAGAGAAUUACCUAUGGGCCCUAAACAAAGCCAAGGAGACAGGCAACAGGCGGAACCAAGCUAUUGCCCUGGCCAACUUUGGGCACCUGACUCUUUCAUGCAGAGCAACCCAGCUGGCAGAGAGCUAUUUCCUCCAGUCUGUUCAACUCUACAUUGAACUCCAGGGUGUUGAAGACUCCGAAAUAGAGCUGGCGCAGGUCCUGCUGUGCCUGGCGCAGGUCAUGGUGAACAGACACAGGAUAAAAGACAGCAAACUCUGUUAUGAGCUGGCACUGGUGUUUGCCAUAAAGACACACAAUGUGAAGAGUCAGCUUCAUAUCACUCAGUCCCUCUGCCAUUUCUACAGCAAAGUAUCCCCAAAUCCUGGGGCCUGCAUUACCUACCAUGAGCACUGGGUAUCCCUGGCACAGCAGCUGCAGGACAGGGAGAUGGAAGGGAAAGUCCUGCAGAUCCUCAGCCAGCUCUACCAGAUGCUAGACAAACCUACGUCUCUGAGACGGUCUUUGGACUGCACCAAACAGAGCUUAAGAAUCUUCAUUGACCUGGGGGAGGCAGCCAAAGCAGCUCAUGCCUGGCUGCAGGCUGGGAAGCUGUAUUAUCUCAUGCAAGAGGACGAGCUGGUGGAAAUGUACUUCCAGGCAGCCAUACAGACUGCACUGAAACCAAGGGACUUCUCCUUAGCCAUGGACCUGUAUGAAGAAGCUGGGGAUAUCUUUUUCAAUGGCAACCGAAACAGGCACCAAGCAGUGGAGUAUUACCGGGGAGGUGCUGUGCCUUUGGCCAGGAAACUACAGGCCACCAGGACAGAGCUGCGACUGUUCAAUAAGCUGGCAGAGCUGCACAUUGGGCUACGGAGCUAUGAGAAGGCGCUGGAAUUUGCCACGCUGGCAGCCAGGCUCAGCAGCAGUGUAGGAGAUCAGCUGCACGAGGUGGUUGCAUUUCACCGCCUGGCUGCGGUGUACUAUUCCCUGCAGAUGUAUGAGAUGGCGGAGGACUGCUACUUGAAGACACUUGCCCUGCACUCUCCUGUGCUGCAGGGUGCAGAAGAGGCCUUGUACUAUUCCAAGGUUUACUGCCACCUUGGCAACCUGACCCAGCACAAACUGAAGGAUGAACAAGAUGCUGCUGCCUACUUCCUAUUGGCUCUUGCUGCUGCCACAGAGCUAGGAGACCAGAAGCUCCAAGGUGCCAUACAUGCGAAGCUGGCUGCUAUAUACAAUGCUCCCCUGUGGCACAAGAGCCCGGACUGGUGUACUGCCUAUAGGGGCAGGUGGCUGAGUGAAGGAGGAUAUGUCAUCUGAGAAGCCACCUGAUGGAAUCCACAUGCUCCAACAUGGGAAAUAGCUGAACCAAGUUAUCUUCCUACCUCACUGCUGAAGAGCAGCCAUUUGCUAUGAGAGCAACAGCAAACAGUCCAUGGAUAGCGCUGCACCACAGCCUGUUCCCGAGCUGGGUUAUCCUCGCACGUCAAACAGAAAGACCAGCUGUACAGGACAAGACACCCUCCUCUCAGCUCACAGGCAGACUGUGGUCUUGGGUCACCAGGCAACCAGGUGAAAUCAUCAGCCUUGCCUUGCCAGUUAGUAUCACUAACAAAGCACGAAAGCAGGAAACCCCCCCACCAGCCAGACCCCACUUCCAAACCACACUCCCUGCGUGUGCUCUGCUACAUGUAGGAUGCUAAGUGACAUCUCAGUUACCCGCCUGAGUUAGGAUAGACCCCAAGUCCAGUGUUUGAGUGCAUGUGAUGGCGGUUAUGGGACUGACCACUAGAUGGCACUCCAAGAACGCAGCUGACUGGGGAAUGCACUGACACCAAUGGUGGGAAAGUGUGUAUGAUCUUCAGUCUGAUGCUCAUCUCAGAGCCCUUCCAGACUGGGACUAAGCAAAUGGGCCUUUGGGGGCCAUUGGUGGGAGCUUUGGCUCUCAUUCCAGAAGUAUUUUAAUGUGUCCAAUUGCAAAUGUGUUAUUUAUUUCUGUAUUUUCUCUUUGGUCUGCCUCCUGUGUUGGGGGCAGAUGAGCUGUCUGGAUGCCACACGCCCACCGGCUCCAUUAUAAAGUAUCUGUCAUACUAA